AUGAAUCGGUUCACUCAAGAAGAUAUGACAAAAUAUCAAAUCCAAUUGGUGGCAUCGAACAGUUUCAAUCAAAGUGUGAUCGCGAUUCCAACUUUAUUAGAAGAGUCAUAUUCAAACUGUGCCUAUAUUAACAUGGUUGCUACAGGAAACGGAGUUUCAAAUAUGACAAAACUAGAAAUCUCAGACGGACAAACAAAAAUGCAGAUUCCGUUCAAAAUCGCCAGGACUGCAGCUCCUGCGCCGGUUGUCAUCUGUAUGUCACCACAAUUUGCCGCAGAGCAAUGGCAAUUAUUCGUAGUUCAUGCCCACGUUGCUCGUCAUUUUGGUGCUCACAUUCAUCUUUACAUAACCAGUCUUGUAGAUUCAUUUUUUGAUUUGGCAAGAGAAUACGAAAAACUUGGAUAUGUUACACUUGACUUCUGGCUUCGAUUGAAAUUUGCAAAUGCAUCGCGGGAUGCAGUCGAGCCAAACUUACACUCUGAGCUCAGGAAUCAGGCUGGUGCAGAAUCAGAUUGUCUUCUGCAGUACAAAGAAGCCGCAAAGUUCAUAAUGUUCUUCGACCUUGAUGAUAUUUUGAUUCCACGUGGAUUCGACAACUACUUUGAUGAGAUCACUUCCUUAUACAAACGGCAUCCGAGCAUUGUGACAUUCCAAUACACAAAAAGAGAACUUCUGACUUACAACAAGCCUACUAUUGAAGACAUUAACAUUGAAGAGAUGCUUGGUCACACCUGGUUUGUCAAUGAAGAGGAUUACGGAAAAAUAAUAGCAGAUCCGUCAAAAUUGAAUUCGAUGUGGAUUCACCAGUCUUGGAACGUAAAGAAGAACUUUAUCAGCAGAACAAACUACAUUAUUCACCUACAAAAGCCUGUCGAUUCAGAUUCCCGCGAUCCAGUUGUAUACAGAAGGAGCGAUUUUGAAAUGAUGGAAAGCAUGAAGUUUAAUACUUCGAUCUUAAUUCCCAUUCAACAUGAUUUCGAAAGAUGCUAUUUCGAAAAGUUUUACAAAAAGCCAAAGAAAGAUUCUUGUCCAAAUGGGGAAGGUUGUCAGAUACCUCAACGCUCGGAUAGGAAUUGUGUUCACUCCAAUGCAGAGUUCAAGUCAGGACCACCAAUGUAUCCAAUUACUUAUCAUUAUCACAUUAAUACACACUGGACGAGAGAAAAAGGAUGCCACGCAUAA